GCAACGUUCGACGUCCAAAUAUGGAGUUGGGCAGUCCCGAGCCGCCGUCCCACUCGAUCGCGUUCGCAGCCUCCGUCGAGAUCCGCGUCCGUAAUUUCGACCGUUUUUCCGUCAAACAAGCGAAAUUUGAGAGUAUAUUCGGGAAACGUACGCGUUCGAACCCGACACGCGUCCGUCGUCGCGUCAGAGCGCGGGUGGGGGAGGGAGGCGGUCGAGCGCGCACGCGCGCGCCCCUAGUGCCAACAUUGGCCGUGGGGGAGCGCUGGGCGGGAGCGCGCGGCUCGUCAGUCUUCGACCGUGCGGUGUCGUCGUCAGCUGUUUGCGUGCGUGCGCUUCGUCACGCAGUUUUUGUCCGCGCCGCGCUUCCCGUACCGUCGAUCAAGCUGUGGUGCGAAAUGGAACCGCCUGGCGGGAGAGAUUCCCGAUUUAACUUGGGCUACAGCAUGAACCUGCUGAGUGGCGAGACGCCGCCCGAGAUCUACGGCGGCGGUUUGGGCAGGCCGUCGACGAGCCUGCAAUUGUCGCCGCGGCACACGAUGGCCCACGAGCGCGGUCUGCAGCAGCAGCAGAACGUCGGCCUCGACGCGUGCGGGGUGAACGACAUCAACGAUGAUACGUACGGCGCGUUGCAGGCGAAAAAGUCGCCGCCCGGCAACGGGAAAAAGACCAAGGGUCGUGUCAAAAUUAAGAUGGAAUACAUCGAGAACAAGCUGCGCAGAUACACGACGUUUUCCAAGCGGAAAACGGGGAUCAUGAAGAAGGCCUACGAGUUGUCGACGCUGACCGGCACCCAGGUGAUGCUGCUGGUGGCGUCGGAAACGGGCCACGUGUACACGUUCGCUACGCGGAAACUCCAGCCGAUGAUCACGUCGGAGGCGGGCAAAGCCCUGAUCCAGACGUGUCUGAACUCGCCCGAUCCGCCAGCCGGAUCUGCCGGCGGCGACCAAAGAAUGUCCGCGACCGGCUUCGAGGAGACGGAGCUCACCUACAACACGUCCGACGACGAUUACAAAGACCUGGACGACGUUCAGACGACCAGCGACGACGAAGAGAUGCCGGACGAAGAGCCGGAAGAGGCUGAAAGCGCCCCCGAUAAACGCGAACCUAGUCGAACGAGGGCGGAAGCUCCCGAACCGAUAAUCGAUCAGAUCAAGCAAAUUAACGACGCGAUCGUCGAGCAUAAUAGGUCGACCGCCCCCGUAGCGCCGCCCCGCGCCCCCGAGGCCGCCACGGAGGCGCAGGUUAACCUAAAAUCGGUCCCGUUGCUCGUGCAGACGCCCAACGGUUUGGGCUUCGCCGCCGUAUCCGAAGACAUGAUCCUCGGUAUGGUUCAGGACGCGGUCCAGCCCAAACUCGUGGCGAUACCGUUGAGUAGCGUCGCCAAAUAUCGAUUAUGAAAUAUCGGGAGCGUCGACCUCGGUAAAAUGACAUUUGCUGGGAAACGCUAAUUGACGGUUAGUGCCGUGAGAUGCGGGUCGCGAGAGAGACGCGCAAUCGACUCCGCGCAUUGUUUUCUUCCAGAUAUUUUCUUUGGGACGCAGGGUUUUAGGGGGGUUCACAUUCGGCGUACGUUCACAUUCCUGUAAACAAAUUUUCCCUCUUACUUUUUUUAUAUUUCGGACACACGUUAUUGACUUCAUUAAGCAUGUCUUUAUUCUGCUCUAUGCCGAUGACAUAGACACUGUUCUAGUCUCCUUCUUCUUCUUCUUCUUCUUCUUCUUCUUCUCUUUUCCGUUACCAAAAUCCAACAGUGCACGGGUAAAAUAAAUAUAUACUUUUCGCACGGUGCGUAUGAUUUGUCAGUCUAGAUCUAGCUAGAUGGAAGCUAAAAAUCUAUUGAAAUGUAAAUUUAAUGAAUUCACUUGAAUAAAUUAGUGGUUAAUAUCUGAAAAACCAACCAUCCUCCCGAGAGUUAGUCAUCGCACAUACUUUCUAUUCUUCUUAUCCUCCAUUCUCUAUAACUAAAGCCCAACAGUGCACAGGUCCUGAUAAAUCUAAACUUAUCGCCUGGGGAGUAUUAAUGUCUUAAGCGACACGUUGCUGGUGGUUCGCCAACCUACCUUACACUUGAGUACAUUCCGAUAAUCUAUCGAGAUCUUCCUGAAGUGCUAGACACUACUUGAGAACGGUUUCAGAUCGUCAGCAAAAAGAAGUAAAAGAAAUGCUGAUAGAAAAACAGUAGGGGUCCUAGGGCAUGGAACGUCCGAUGAGACUAAGAUUUUGGAAUAUGCAAAAUGAUUUAGAUGAUGUGAUAACUUUAUAUCCUUUUUUCUUGGAGAAGUCUAAGUGUGUCUAAACUUUCUGGUCAACUUACUUAGAAUCGGCACUCAUAUACUCGCAAGGCAGUAUUUCUAUCGAAAAUAAAUACUGGUGGACACCAUCGACAUUAAAUACGAAAUACAUAGAUUGUGCAGGUGAUACGUCCGAUUGUGGCAAAAUUUUAGUCAGAACACUCUAAAACACAUUUUCGCUAACGUCCUUAUAGCAUAUAAAGAAAUUUGCUUUUAGGCUGGUCUUGACUUCGUUCGAUGCUUACAAAUCUUUUGGAUUCCUAGAUUUAACAUCUGUGUACUUCCCCGAAAUCGUCAAUAGUUUCGGAGAUAAAAAUCGAAUAAGUGUCUCUUUUUAGAAUCAGUAUACCAUUUUUGUGUCCUUUCUUGCAUAACUCCUCAGCCUAGUGGACUACCAAAUCUGCCAAAUAUGUAACAUGUUAUAGGAACGUUAUAUGGCGAAUGUAGACUCUCCUUUGCAUUUGCAUUUUCGUGAUAGCUUGCUAUAAAUGUGAUAUUAUAUAGAUUUAUACAAUUAGUAGGUAGGAGCUUUGUUUGGUUAUUAUCAUUCGUGGUGGUUAAGUAUUCGAGUAACUUUUCCUUUCAAACACGAUGUGGGGCGUCGACAUUUUUUUAUAUAGGAAUUUAUGUAAGAUAAUAAGAAAAAAUAAUAAAAUUUAUUGUUGCAUAUUCUGAAGAAAUUUUGUUAAUAAAUUAUUUUACAGCAAAGAGUGCAACCUCUACCAUUUUAAACAAGUAGGUGAAAAAAAGUACGUUUUUCGUAUUAAAUACAAAAUAUAUUUUAUUUUUAUACUUUCAACUCUGCAUUUUCGACGGAAGCUUGUAGAAAAUGCGGAGGUUUAAUUUUAUUAGACGAAACCCCUGUUGCAUUACAUACUCGUUUGUAAUAAUGACUUUUGUGCCUUACAUACUUAACCUUAUUUUUCAAUAAAGAAAUGU